AAAUUAGAUUUUACAAAUAUUUUUAAAAAUUUAGUUUUAUCUAUAUUUAAGUGAAUUUACAGUAUGGAUCUCAAUAAUUCUGCAAGCAGUACAGAUACAGAUGUACUUUUGAAGAUUCCACAUAACUUUUUUGAGCCACAUUUAAAUGAAAAUGCAAAUAAAAGCCAUUUUUCAAAUGAAGGAAGUUUCAUACAUGAAAUAGACAAGUUUUUGGUCGCAAAUAAACAAAAUGAUGUGCAUAAUUCUACUACAAAUGAAUUCAUCAGUUAUACACGAUUUGCAGAUACAUUGCAGCAAUCACAGAUCAAUCCAGAGGAGCAAGAUAUAAACAUCCAGAUGAUCAGCAUUUUUCAGAAAAAAAUUAUUCAAUGCCAACAAAAAAUUUCAGUAUUAACAAAAUCUAAUGUUGAAAAGGAUGAAAUAAUACGUCGUUUAAAGUCCAAUGAAGGAUUGGAUAUUGAAAAUGCAAAUUUAAAGCAUAAGAUAAAGAUGCUUGAACAAGAAAUGCAAGAAACAGUGGGCGUAAUAAAUAAAUUUAAGACUAAAAAUGAAAUGCUGGAACUUAAGAUUGAGAACCUUACAUCCACUUGUAAAGAAAUGAGUGACAUUUCCAAAAAACAAAUUCAAGAAUUGCAAAUACGUCUAUCAAACAGCUCGAAAUUGGAAAGUGAUUUGCACAAAGAAAUCGUGGAACUAAAAUCCAAGUACCGGGAAGAAAAGGAGAACUUCAUUAAAGAAAAAAAUGAAAGGUCGCAUAUGGAAAGAGAAGUCAAUAAUUUGAAAUCAGUCUUGAAGCAAAUCAAAGAAGAUAAAGUCAAAUUAAUUGAAAGAAAUGAGCAAGAUAAGCAAAUUAUAGAUAUUAAGCAAAAGAAAAUCUUCAACAACAUGAUGAGUGAAUUUACAGAGAAGGAAAGGAAGCUUGUUAAGGAAAUGGAUGUUCAAAGAACUGCAAUUAAAAAUUAUUAUCAGGCACAACUCGAGUCAGCUCUAGAAGAAAAAAUAAAGGAAUUUCAAGAACAGCUAGAAAAGUUUCAAUAUGAAAUUCGAAUUGAUGCUGAAGAUCGCGAAAAGGCAAGCAAUGAACGUGUAAUGAACCAAAUAGAAAUGAUUAUACAAAAAAAUGAAGAAGAAAUUGAUUUAAUUAAACUUAAGUGCUUAGAGGAAGUAGACUUGUAUCGAAUACAACUAAUUAAUGCAACCAAGACAAUCGAAUCAUUAGAAGCUAAACUUGAAGAAUAUCAAACAAGACGACAAAAUAUUGCUGACAAUCUUCAUUCAAUCAUGGAAUCACAAUGGAAGAAAAUACUUGAUGUCCUUACAUGCCCAUCUAGACCCCCUUCGCGCAAAGAUGAAAGCAAUGAUGUGUCUGAAAGUGAUAAUAACAAGCAGCAACAGCAAUAUUAUUAUGAGCCAAUGAUGAAUAAUUUAUCACGAAGCGAAGAAAACUUAAAGACAGAACUUUUGCGGAACUAUAUUGAUAAGCUUUUAAAACAAAAACCAAAGACUGAUGAGUCAAGUGAAAUGAAGACAAAUAAUCAACUAAACAAGUCACAGACGAAGCCUUGGAAGUAAUGACUAUAAGAUUUUGAUGUUAACACUUAAUGAUUUUCUUUCUUUAUUGCAAUAAAUUUUUAAUAAUAUUUUGUUAUACACAUGCGACUUAAUAAUAUAUAGCAGUUUGAUUAACUUAUUCAAAGAUCGAUCUAUAUACGCAUCAUGCUUUAGAGAUUAUUAAUAAUAAUGGAAUAGUAUCAUAAUUAAUUUAUUAUGAGAACUUGGGAGAAUCUAUACAGUUAUUUUUAGUCUAAUGAGUUGAGCGUCAAGAGCUGUUUCAGAACUUUGGUCUGCGAAGUUUCCCGAAUCUCUCCAGCCAAAAACAUCUCAUCGACGACUGUAUAAACUUUAUAAAAAUUAAAAACUAGAUCCAGUUCGCAUACAUUAUGGAAAUAUUCGUUUAAAACUUCAACAAAAUUGUGAAUGGCUUCGAGAUAACACAAAUUAUUAUCAUUCACGUCAACACAUAUGCAGAAAUAUAAUCCAGCAUAGCGUCUGUAGACUAUUUUGAAG